UUCAUCAACAGCUGCCUCAAGUCUCUUGUCAUAGAGAGAUUUGGUCAGGAGACCUGGAACAAACUGAGUUCUCUACCAGGAGUCCAGGACACCUUCAUGACGUACACGGUUUAUGAUGAUGUUCUCACAGUCAGCCUGGUGCAGGAGGCCUGUUCACUGCUGGGUAUCUCUGCUGAUGCAUUUCUUAAGCUUUUUGGAGAACAUUUUUUUAAUUUCUGCAAGCAAGCCGGCUAUGACACCAUGCUUAGGACACUGGGAGGGAAUCUCGUUGAAUUCAUUGGAAACCUGGACGCUCUCCAUAGUUACCUGGCACUCUCCUAUCAGGAAAUGAAUGCACCAUCUUUUCGAGUGGAGAUGACCGAGGAUGGGAGGAUGCUGCUUCACUACUACUCUGACCGGAAGGGCCUGUACCACAUUGUACCUGGUAUCAUGGAGGCAGUCGCCAGAGAGUUUUUUGAUAGCAAAGUGAGCAUGGAGGUGCUCAACCAAUCUGAAGAAAGUGAGCGGACUGGGAAGAAGGAGCAUGUUGUGUUUCUUGUCAAACAAACCAAGCAAACUAGCAAGACUAAAGACCAGGACAACCCCUGUCGCACAGGAGAUGGUGAGGCGUUAUACAGCAGACUGAGAGACAGGAGUGUGUCACUGGCUGGGAAAAGGAGUGGCUGGGACCUGAUCAGAGCUGUGGUUCUCUCACAAAAAGGUUGCCCCCAGAGUGCCUUCACUCCAUGUUACCCAGACAAGCUGUGGAUGGAAGAGAAAGUUUUCUGCGAUGCUUUUCCUUUCCACAUUGUCUUUGAUGAAGACCUGAAGGUAAAGCAGACAGGAGUGAACAUACAGAAGUUUGUUCCGGGUCUGAAGGCUCGAGGUGCUACAUUGGACAAAUACUUCAUCAUUAUACACCCACAGGUGACUUUGACCAUUGAAAGCAUCAGGAAAUUCAUCAACAGUCAAUUUGUCUUGAAGAGCUACAGAGACACGCACACGCUCAAACUAAGAGGUCAGAUGCUGUGGAUGGAGUCCCUUGGCUGCAUGUUGUACCUGUGUUCUCCAAAGCUACGAAACCUCCAGGAGCUUCAGGAUGUUGGCCUUCACCUGGCCGACCUUGCUCAGCAUGAUGUCACCAGAGACCUGGUUCUUCUCAACCAGCAACGUCUAGCUGAGAUGGAGCUCACCAACCAGCUGGAGAGGAAAAAAGAGGAACUAAGGAUCCUGUCGCAGCAUCUGGAGGCUGAAAAAGAGAAGACGGAGACUCUGCUGUACGCCAUGCUUCCACGUCACAUAGCUAAUCAGCUUAAAGAUGGGAAGAGUGUCGAGGCAGGGGAGUUCGAGGUCUGCACUAUUUUGUUCAGCGAUGUGGUAACCUUCACAAACAUCUGCGCUGCCUGUGAACCCAUCCACAUAGUUCACAUGCUCAACUCCAUGUACUCCAGGUUUGACAGGCUCACCAACAUACAUGACAUCUACAAGGUUGAGACUAUUGGGGAUGCAUACAUGGUGGUUGGCGGUGUUCCAGUCCCUACAGAGACUCAUGCUCACCGAGUGGCAAACUUUGCUCUGGGUAUGAGGAUUGCUGCCAGAGAAGUCACCAACCCUGUCACAGGCAAACCCAUACAGAUCCGUGUGGGUCUGCACACCGGCCCAGUGUUAGCUGGGGUGGUGGGGCAGAAGAUGCCUCGCUACUGCCUGUUUGGAGACACUGUUAACACUGCCUCCAGGAUGGAGAGUCAUGGAGUCCCUGACCACAUUCACCUCAGCUCUUCCACAUACAGGUAACUGAAGGAUGCAGGGUUCAACAUAGAAGAGCGAGGGCAGAUCGAGGUGAAGGGUAAAGGCCAGAUGACCACCUACUUCCUGUUCGGAAACCUGCUGCUAUCAGAAGACAGCAUCAUGGGAAGAGAGGCUGGAGGGAGCUCUCUUUACAGGGAGGAGCUUUGUGGCCAGAGCAACAAAGCGUCUGACAAAGAGUCCAAUUUGAAAGCUGAGGCUGAGCAGAGACACACAUCCUCAGGAGGCGUCAUUGCUCCGGACAACACUGGCUUGGAUGCAAUAACCCCGUUUGCCUGGGAUAUCACCCCCCCAUAUGACACCAAUGAGAGCAGUUACGAGCAACCUGCACGCAAUUUCAACAGCAAACUUUGCGUGUUGCUGUAA